AUGGCCCGACCAACAUCCAAUGGCCUUGUGCAGGCCUUCCAGUCCUUACGACUGCAUUCACCACUCCCAGCUCGCUCUGCACUUCGAUCUCUAGCACACCAAUCGCGAACCUAUGCGACCGAAGUGCAAGCGGAAACCCAACAAUUAUCCACACCGGCCCCGAACGAACUGGCACCCGCAGCCCCCGAGAUUGAUUUCCAAAAAUUCCUCAGCCGUCCGGCUCGCAUCGUACCCGCCUCGCCCGCAUACUUCUCCGGGAGUCCUCGGUUCAUCGAUCAUGUUUUGGAGUUGGAGAAGUUGCAAGCCAAGUAUGCCUCGCUACCAACCGUGGCAGCCAGUGAUGCUCCUCGUAUGGCCUGGUUCAAGCUGGCCCAGUUCCGGGACUAUGUCGGCGAGCCCGUUCCUAUGAAAAAGUACAAGAGCUUGGUGAAGAUCCUGCAAAGGUUGAACCGCAUUCAGCCGGAGAUGCUUCCCGCGGAGGUCAAGGACACGCUCAAGUCGUUCCUGCGUCCCGGGAAUCCGUUCGCGGUCCAACACAUCUCUCGGACCGUGGACGAGAAUGGACGCGCGCGUGCCAAGGGCAAGCGUAAGGAGUCCACCGCUGUCGUGCAGCUGGUUGAGGGUGAGGGCGAGGUGAUUGUCAAUGGCAAAUCGCUUGUCGAGGUAUUCCAGCGCGUACAUGAUCGGGAAAGCGCCUUGUGGGCUCUUCGUUGCACUCAGCGUAUGGAUAAAUACAACGCCUGGAUCACAGUGCGAGGUGGAGGUAUCACCGGCCAAGCUGAGGCGAUCACCUUGGCCAUCGGGCGGGCUCUGAUGAUGCACGAGCCAGGCCUGAAGGCUGUGCUCCGAAAGGCUGGUGUCAUCAGUGUCGAUGCGCGUCGUGUCGAAAGAAAGAAGCCGGGUCACGUCAAAGCCCGCAAGAUGCCUACUUGGGUCAAGCGUUAA